AUGGAGAAUGAUUCUUCCAACAAAAUUGAAGUUUCUGCCCUAAACCCCAAUUUACAAUCAAGAGGUGCUUUGGUUGUAUUAGAAGGGUUAGAUCGAAGUGGAAAGAGCUCUCAGUGUAUUCAGCUUCUCUCUCACUUGCAAAGUAUUGGGUGUUCUGCUGAGUUAUGGCGGUUUCCAGAUCGAAAUACUGCUAUCCAUGAUGGAGGAAAAGUUGAAAACCCAUCUUCGAGUGAGUGUGAUGCACCAGAGAUAGGAUUGCUGGCUCCAGACAUGGUCUUAUACCUUGAUAUAUCACCAGAGUUAUACUUUCAUUUAAAUAGGCAUGAUAGGAAUUUUGCCUUUAGUUUCACUGAUAAGAAUUUAUGGGGCAAAGAGGUGGUUAUGGUGAUGAAAGAUACGAGCGUCUUGAUUUUCAAGGGAAGGUCAGAGAAAAAUACCAGGCUCUUCAUGAUGCCUCAUGGAUGGAUGGUUGAUGCCUGUUUGCCAAUGGAAAAAGUCCAGAAGAAGCUCAGAGAAUAUGUGCUUGAGUGUGUUGCGGCCUGCAAAAAUGGAAGGGCUCUUUCUCACUUCUGGUCACAAUAG